AUGAAUCACGAUCCAUUCAACUGGGGGAGACCUUCGGAUGAACAUUAUGGGGCUUAUAACAAUGCAAUUGCGAAUGCUCCAGCUUACCCAAAGAUGAACACUCAACAGCCCAUUGUUACCGGUACGUCUGUGAUUUCAAUGAAAUAUGAUAAUGGGGUUGUCAUUGCUGCGGAUAAUUUGGGUUCUUACGGUUCACUUUUGCGUUUUACUGAUAUUGAGAGACUGAUUCCUGUGGGUAAAAACACAGUGGUUGGUAUAUCGGGGGAUAUCUCUGAUAUGCAGCACAUUGAACAUUUGUUAGAGGAACUAGAGACUGAAAACAACUACGACAACUCAUAUGCAGACGAUGAAGAAGCUCUGAGACCCAGCAACGUUUUUGAGUACUUGGCAGCUGUGAUGUACCAGCGUAGAUCGAAGAUGAAUCCACUAUGGAACGCUCUGAUCGUUGCAGGUGUUGAGGAUAAGAAACCAUUUUUGAGGUAUGUGAAUCUACUUGGAGUUACCUAUUCUUCCCCAACACUGGCUACAGGGUUUGGUGCCCACCUAGCGAUCCCUCUCUUGAGAAGAGUAAUUGACCAUGAAUCCGACAUCCAAAAGACCAAUCUAGAGACUGCAGAGAAGACUGUCGUGGAGUGUAUGAAAAUUCUAUAUUACAGAGAUGCACGUUCUUCGAGAAAAUACUCGCUGGCGAUCAUCGACAAUGACAAGGGAGUCAUCUUCAAGAAGGGCAACGAAGUCGAGAAUAUGACUUGGGGCUUUGCAAAGGACAUACGUGGUUACGGGACCCAAACUGUAUAA